AUGGAUUUUCAAUCGUCACAAAAUUGGUGCAAAACUGCAGAGAGGAACAACCCAAGACUAACCUGGUCAGAACUCAGUCAGGUUAAGGAGUCACAAAGACGGCGAGUGAAACCUGAGAGCAUUAAUAGAUCCAUUUCAGUAACUGAGCAGGAAAUGGCCCAUGCGGGAUUCAAUGUUCAAGUUGCUUCUCAGGAGCUUCAAGGGACUGACAAGAACUACCUCUGCAAAGAGAGGUACAUUGCUGAGAUUCUGGGAAUCAUCUGCCUUGUCUUGAUGUCCACUGUGGUAAAAAUAAACGUUAUUCCCUCUACUGAAGGACCAGAGCAGAACAAAACAUCCCUGGAAACAAAGAUCCAGAAAGCAUGUCUCUGUUGUCAUUGUCUGAAAGAGUGGUUUACGUAUUCCAACAAUUGCUAUUACAUUAACACUGAGAGAAAAUCAUGGAAGGAGAGUUUGACGUCCUGUGCUUCUAAGAACUCUAACCUGCUCUACUAUGAUGAUGAAGAGGACAAA